AAAACGGUUCUACGCGUGAAAUGGAGUUGUUGAGGGGGCGUCUGAGUCCGAUUUGUUGUUCGUCGGAGAAUGGAGGGGAACGAGAUGAGCGUGGCGUUCGAGAACCGGGUGUUCAACCGGCGGUCGGGGCUGGGCGGCGGCCGGAUGGGGUGCACCCUCGUCACCGGCUUCCUCGGCAGCGGCAAGACCACCCUCCUCCGCCACCUCCUCCACCACCGCGGCGACCUCCGCCUCGCCGUCCUCGUCAGCGAGUUCGCCGACUCCGACGUCGACUCCCUCCUCCUCGACUCCGCCCGCCUUAACUCCGCCUUUAACCUCUCCACCGUCUCCCUCACCCACGGUUGUGGUUGUUGCGAUGUGAACGGCCCGUUCAGAGAAUCUCUCCAGAGGAUAGUCGAUAGCAAGCACAACUUCGAUUGCCUGCUUGUCGAGACAUCGGGUUUGGCAAAUCCUGACAAGUUUGCAGCGGAGCUGGAAGAAGUUGGCAUAAACUUGGAUCUCACUGUUGCCGUGGUUGACGCUGAAUCCAUUGAUAAGAUUAUAAACCUUGACAUUGUAAGGAAGCAGUUGCAGCAUGUGGACAUUGUCUUAUUGAACAAAUGUGAUUUGGCUAGCCUUGGUCAGAUAUCUGAUGCUGAAGAUCUUUUGGAAGGAUUAACAGGUGGUGCUAAGGUUGUUCGCACACAGUUUUGUAGAGUUCCUCUGGAUCUUGUGAUCGAUUGCAGUAACAUGGAAGCUUUAAAUGUGGUGGAGGAAGUUAACAAUGCGCCUGCAGUACUUUCCCAUGAAUCUUUGCCUAAGAUGGUAUUCCGAGGAGAUAUGUAUGCUAAUACCUCAGCAACCAUCUCAUCUAUCAGCCAUUCUGGUGACCAGCCUGAAGCUAUUGCAGAUAGAUUGAAGUCUGACAAUUCACAAGCUGGUUUACCACAAGGGGUAUCUUUUUCAUCUGUUACUUUUGAAUGUGAAUCUCCCUUGUCUUUGGCCUUGUUCCAAUCAAAAGUUCUUAGAAGCAUGAGAUGCGCAACCGGACUUCUUAGGUCUAAAGGAAUUGUAUGGUUUGCUGAGGAUAGAGAAAGUCGUUUUGUUUUCCAAUGGAGUGGGGUUAAGAGGGUGGAAUGUAUGAGUGGACAGCCUUGGGAAAGUGCACCAAAAACUUGUCUUGUGUUUAUUGGCAUUCAUAAAUUUGAGCUGGAAUCUAUCAUUUUACAGCUUUCAGAAUCAGCUGAUCCUCAUACAAAGGUAUCAUCGGAGUCUGGUAUUUGCAAAGACUUUGCCCGAACUUUUGCACUGAAGGUUGCAACUGAUGGCAGAUUUAAGGAGCCUUCUCUUUGUAAGGAGCCUCUUGUUAUAUUUGGCCUGAAAGGAUCACCAUUACGUGGAAUAAAAGAGUCUCAUCUGAAUGGAGCUCUAAUGCGUGUGGUUAAUGGUAAAGGAAGCAUCUUCCUAACUGCUACUUCUUCUGGUGAAGAGCACAAUCUGCAGAUUAUGCUUUGUGAAGAGUCAAGUGUAGAUGAAGCAUUCCAUGAAAUUCGAUUGGCUACCAGUGCAGUGAUCUCCAAAUUAUGCAAAAACUUUUGCCCAUGCAGGUCAGAUCUUACAGCUCAUCAUGUCCAUUGAUAAUGCCACAUUAUCCAACAUGUUUUGAAAAGGACCAAAGGAUUUCAAGGUAUUUAUGACUUCUCUGUCUCCAGCAUUCAGAGCAUGAUAUUGUUUCUGACAAGAAUCUACAUAGUGCACGAGGUUCCUUUGCUGCAAUCAGAGACCAUUUGAUUGAAUAACUUUUAUUCCUUCGAUGAGAUCUUUGAUUAUGCUGUGGUUAAUGACAUGAUGUUGCUUGAGCCUCGAGGAACUCCAUGCAAUUAUCCAUGGCCGCCAAUUUCACCUGGAAAUCAGAUUCUAUAGUUUAGAUGAAAAGGUCAUCCAGCAACUAGUCUAUACAGCUCAUCCCAGAGAAUGCGGCAUUGCUAGCUUCCAGCGCGCAUGGUUUUUUGCUUGUCAGAUGCAGGUUUUCUGAAAUAUAUGCUUUGCUGAUCUUACUUGGAAGUCAUGAUGGCAGCCUUUAUAUGAGGAUGUUUAUAAGUUGACAGGCACAACAAUUUACUGAUUCAUUCAGCUUAAAACUAUUUAUGCUUACCGAAGUAAACAUGGUAUACUGCAUAAUACUGCACUUGGAAUUGGAAAAGAUCUGUUUUUGUUCAGUUGAACGAAGCAAAUCCCUCUGAAUAUACUCAAUCGAGAGAUUACAAGUUUGGAUAACUUAUUUGUACUAGACAAUUGUAAAAGAUGUAUAAACCGCUUAGUGAUCCUCUGAACAAAUGUACUUUGCCGUUUAUAAUCUUGAAGAGCUAGAGAAUCAGCUGUGGUUGGAAGGAGGCGUGUGCUUGGUCUUUGCCAUUCUGUCUUCUCAAGAAUUUGACAGCUAUUUAAAUUUCGUGUUUCAGGUUGCCCCCCAAAACUUAUGUAAAAUGAUGCAACCAUUUCGCGAAUAGACGAAUUAGGUGGACUCAAGAGUAUAGCAUGGGCUCCAUGUUCCAUGGCUUUCAAAUGUUCUCAAGACUUGACUCUAUAUUUAGUAAUUAAAACACUCAGAUCAAAAAGUUUG